UGUGAGUGUAUGUAAACCUUCCUAAUUAGGCAACAGGGCUCAAAGAGCUGUUUUUUGUUUUAAUAUUUUUGUAUUUUUUUCUGAAACUGUCUGCUUCUGACCUUAACCUCAGCCACAUACAGUGACAUGGUAGAUACUCAAAUAUAUUUCACUACUGCCAACAGCCUACAAAUAGCCAAAUGUCUCAAUGUGAUUCUGUCAAUAGGCCCAUUAGUAAAAUACUUUUAUUUAAUCAACCUGCCUUCGUGGAGGCAUUUUAAAAGACUGGAGCUGACUGUUUCUUAUACUUUGUCAAUAAUAAAAAAAAAAAAAAAAAAAACUUUAUUUGUUAGCCUGUAAUUGCAGGGUUGCCAGGUUGGUAGUGUUUUGUUGUGGAAGAAGGAUGCUCCUCUACAAACCUGGCAACUCUGACUAUGCGCUGGAUACAGCAGACAGUAUGGCGGACAGCGAAAGUGAUUUGGAAACAGACGGGCUUGAAUUAGCUCUGGACACACUGUGUAACAGACACUGCAGCGACGAGUCGUCUCUGAGGAGCAAAAGCUAUUGCUCUGAGUUUUGUGAGUUGGUAGAGGAGUACACGGGGCAAUGGCAAGUUCCUCUCCCUCAACUGAAGGUGCUGUGGACUGCACUGUGCAGUUUUACCAAAGCCACCAAAGCUUUCCCUGAUGACUGUCAACACAUCCACUACGUUCUCAGCAGUCUGGCGUUGAGCUUCUUUGAACUGAUGCUGUUUUUUAGCAAAGAAGAAUUUGUGGAAAAGCCUUUAAAAGACAUCCUUGAUUCCUUUCAGGAGUGCCACUCUCAGCUCCUGCGGCACAGGAACAUCUACCUUCAGCAUGUGAAGCUGAUCAUCAAAGCAGGAGGCCCAUGGGAGAAUCCAGUGCUGCAAGGAAUCCUGAAGGAGGCAGACUUGCCACCAAAAGAGGUUGAAGACUACUUGAGCUCAGAGCUGCCAGUGUUCUUUGAGCUGCGGGUUCGCUAUCUGCAGGCCUGUGAAAGAAUUCAAGAGGCUAAGGCCCUGGCAAAAAGUUGUCUGGAAAAUCGUGACGCUGGAAAGCAUCUGUACUUCCACCAGGCCUACCUGACAUGCCUCUACAAGGCCUCACUGCAUGAACACCUUCACAAGGAGAUGGCAGAAAUAGAUGGCCGUGAUGCAGUGGAGAUCAUCUGCAACACGGAGAGUGUUGAAAAAGAUGAGCUUCUGUUGUCGCUGUGUAAAGCUUUCCUUACCCAGCAGCUACACAAUGGAGACAUGUACUACAUCUGGGACCUGGUGUUUAUCUGGAGCAGGUUGCAUCUUAGGGCCCAUCCCUCCAGACAAGGCUUCCUGGCUGAGUGCUUGCAGUUGGCUUCCUCUGCUACUAACGUCAGAGCCAUCUUCCCCUUCAUCAAACUGGUCACUACUGAGCUGGGAGUUGAAGGAGUCCAUGUCUGUGUGGAGCUUUGUGCCAGGACCUUGCAGUUGUGUGACAUGCAGGCUGACAGCGUUACCCGGUCCCUGGUCUGCAAGACCAUCGCCUUCCUGCUGCCUCAUGACCUGGAGAUCUGUCGAGCAUGUGCCCUACUGGUCUUCUGUCAGGAACGCAGCCUGGAAGCUUACCGAACUGUCUGCUUACUUUACAUGCAUCCUGACCAGGAGCCGCAUCCCCACAACAGUCCUGUCCGAACCAAUGUUCGGUUCCAUAUUCUGCAGAUGAUCAAAGAGCGUCUGUGUUUUGACCCUGAGUUUUGGAACCUUCUAACCCUCAGGAAUUAUUGCUUGGAGUUAAUGAGUGACAAGGUCAUGAAGGCUGCUGUUCUCAGUGAGAUGGAGGAGGAAAAGGAAGUUGAAGAGCUCUUAAUAAACAAUUGUGGAAAUCACUCAUGCUCUCAAGGUUUAAAUUCCUGCCAGUGCACUGAAGUUGCAUUUGUGAACCAAGACCUUCCAGAAGAGCAGACUGUGGAUGGAGGGACAGACAAGCAUGUUGCCCCAUCGAAUAAUGCUCUUCUGAAGACAAGAAAAUGGAGGAGAGGGUUGCAAAGGAGAAAACACUCUAAGUCUGACGUUGAGGUCGACAUGGUUGAUGAUCCAGAGAUCAAAUACAAUCUCAAAUCCACCUCUUUAGGCAAUAAGCCUGUGUAUUCACUAAGACGCAAUCACACUAACAUGGAAAAACCUUCUGUAAAACCCCCUCUAAACCGCAAGAGAGAAUACUUGUCUAGAUGUGUAAAGAGCCAAAUUUUCAAAAGGAAAGGUAGGAAGAAGAGAUGGUUGCAGGGUCUUCCAAAGCUGGAGCAGGUCCAGGCAGUUAAAGAGAAGAAGGUCAAAGUUAAAGGGAAAAAACGAGGACGGAAGCCUUUACCAAAACUGGAACUCUCCUACCCUGAUAAUGAAAUAUCCCUUUCAGAGGAGGAGUCUGGUUUUGAGGAGAUGACUGACACAGAGGACAAAGAGCUUGAUAUGCCUCACUUGGAGAAUGAACUUAAACAAGAGUAUGAACAUAACGAGAUCAAACAUGAGCAGAUGGCUGAUCUUGAGAAGGAAAAUGGACUUGAAGAACAUACUGACUUUGUCUGUGGUAGCACCCCAGAGGAAUCUCAAACACAGUUUGGUUAUAAGCUUUGUGAGGGUCCUCCUAGUGAGCCUCAAGCUGCUGUUCCUGCUGUUGAUGCUGAUCCUGAGCUCGAUGGUCCACCCUUAGAGUUAUUGGAUUGUCCAAUAGAACUGUUACACAGCUACUCUCUUAAAUCCAAAAAGCCUGACAGCGAGAAAGUGCAACCUCCUGAAUCCUCAGAAUCAGAGGGGCUGAAUGGCGAUACAGAACAGGAGCCCCAACCCACAGUUGAAAAAGAAGUGUCAAAAACAGAGGUGAUAACCAAGAGAACGUGGAAGGACAGAGUACUCCGUACUCAAAAAUAUGCUCACUUGAUGCACCACUGCAACUUCUGCCGCAAAGACUAUAAAGGCUUGAAUGUUAUGAGGCAUGCUCUCUCACACCUUAAGAGCAGGAAACUAAGAUGUAUACUCUGUGGGAAACGCUUUAAACAACUUCCUUUUGCCAAAAAGCAUAUUUUAGACCACAUUGAUGAAAUGUGCAAGCAGAAACCCCCUGAUAAGGAGCCAUGCUCUAUGAACACGCCAGCUGCUAAUGGAAUAGCAGAUAAUGUAAAAAAUGAGAGCCAGCCUCAGGAUGAAAAUCCAACUUCCAUUUCUGAUGAGGAAACUCCUGAACAGAAACCCAGAGGAAAAACGAAAGUGUCAAGCCUCAAGAGGGAAGAUCGAAUCAUCAGGAACCUCCGCACUCUCAUCAAAAAGACAUCUGUGCUUCACAAAAAGUGCAAGAACCCGAACGCAAAUAUAUUCAAGCAGGUAGACUUCAAGGAUGAGCAGGUAGUCAUUAACAAUGGCCUGGUGGUAGUAAGAGAUCCAUCUGUGACGGAGAAGGAGGGAGAUGGAGAGGGGGCAGAGAAGCCAGCCGGAGAGAACGGCUUCGGUGUGAACAUCACAUAUCACUUGUGCCCCUCAGAGUCCUGUGAUAGAGUAUUCUUGAGGAUCAGCUCCACGCUAACAAAGCAUGCUAUCAAAUGCCAUAUUAACGAAGAGAAAGUGCUGGAGAAGACGUUUGUUUGGGCCAAGCACAAGUGCACUCUAUGCUCCAGGCAGUUACAGUUUCUCCCGCAUUAUAAGGACCACAUGAAGCUCCACGAUACUGCUCUCCAGCACUUCUGCUACCAUCUGGAGUGUAACCAGCGCUUCUUGACUCUGCAGGAAUUAAAGGACCAUGUCAGUACCCAUCAGCCCUUCAGACCUCAGUGUCCAUUCACGGACUGUGAGAAGCUAUUCUCUAGCCUUCAAGGUCUCUAUGACCAUGAAUGGAGACACUACAUCCCAGUGCCUCAAAGAGAGGAGUUAGAGUUGGGACCCAGCAGACAGAAGCAAAAUGCUGAAGCUCCGUGGAAGCAGAGAGUGAAGGUUGAGGAGAUAUGGCUGCAGAGUAAAAAGGGGCAAAGUCCCACCCUUGAUUAUGUUGAGGCCUCUAAUCUUGAGGUUUUCAACGAAACUGAAGAUCAUCCUUGCGAAAUGGACAGUAAUCAAGACCUGUCUAGAUCUAAUAAUUGUUCAGAGAAAGCCGGCAUCAACGGAUGUGAGGAGAACACAGGAAACCAAGUGUCAGAGGGAAAGAUCUCCACUUCCCAUACUGGUGCUGCAGCAACUUCAAGUAGGAAAUGUCGAAAAAGGACGCCCAUGGAGUGGGACCCCUUGAAUGUCCGAGACCUUGAGGAUUUGUCCACUUUGUCUGAGGGAGUCCAGCAGAAACUGGGAGAGCCACACAUUACUGAGCACAAAACCUUCAAACCUGAAGAUCCCGCCUAUGCGACUUUUGUCAAAGCCCCCUUUAUCCGACCGCCCCCCUCCACCUACCUGGAUGAAUCUCUGCUCUCGAUGCGGAAGAGGAGGUCCAGUGAUGAGGCCACUCAGAGGAAAAAUAUUUACUGGAGCAAUAAGAAAAAGAUUGAGCCUGUCCCAGAAAAGGAGCAGCAGCAGAAUAACGUGGUCCCCGAUCAAAAGAUCAGGUCUCGCUGUGAUAAAUGUCUUUCCUCCUUCAGCAGCUUAGAAGAAUUACAGAAACACCAAGCCCUUAACACCUGUUCUGCACUCUUUGGCUUUGAUUCUGACGAUGAAAGUUAGUUUUAAGUGAAGAGGAGCUGUAACUGGACCAUCGUACUCUGCCACCAGGCUCAGGGCAAACAAGAAAAAGGAACACUGGAAUCCUUUGAUACUCACAUACAGCUCUUGGAUACCAGUUUGUCAAAAUGGUUAACUGGAGGAUUUAUUUGUCUCAUAUUUAAAUUGAUAGAACCUCUUUUGAAGCAAUACUUUUUACAGCUAAAACUAGUUUUGAACAUAUUGUUUUUCCUCAAAGCAUCAUCAGUGUGCACUUUGUCAAGGUAAAUCAAAAAUCUUUGAUAAAUCCAUAUAUUUUCUUAAUCUAUUAUGAUGAUUUACCGCUUAAAACAACAUUGGUUAUGAGAACAAAUUUAGUUUUUUCAGCAGAUCUAAAAGUAAUUCUAAAAAAAUGCCUGGAAACUGAGAAACCAAACUUUGGCCCAAGACAAUCGCCAUGGAAUCAAAAACACAAUAGUUCUCUAUAUACAAAUACUCAGUUAUAUACUACCUUUAAAAUAACAUGUGAUCACAGUACUCUUAUGUUAGAAUACCACAGAAUGUGUUUUAAUGACAAACCUUUGCUGGACUCACCAUGCUGUGUUAAAGUUAAAGUAACACAUUAGCUUUCAGGAAGAGGCUUGUAAAUCUGCUACGGGGAAAGAUGCUGCGCAUCCACAUAUUUGAAUCUCUAAAACCUCUUCAUGGCAGUAACUACACUUAAAUUACUAGUGAAAUUUUAACCAGGGCUGAAUACAAAGCAAUGGAGAAACCCCCUUCAGUCCUUUUUGGCAAACUGCUUCCCCAUUAGAACUUUGUGGAAAAACAAAUGACUUAUCUAGAAGCCUUUUUCUUUAAAUGGUGACUUGUUUUUUAGUUUUGUUUGUGUUUAAGACGGACUGGUUGACACAAGUACAUGUCCAUUUGGGUUUUACACUGAAGGCUUUAACAGUCAGGUAAAGUCAGCCUGAAUGAGUGAAAAUUACAUACAGUAUUGAAUUUGAACUUAAUCACGCCUUUUCCUGGCUUCACUGAGCCUUUUUGGAUCAGUUUGAUUUAGACUUUAUUUUAAGCACCAAAUUGUUUACAGACAUUAUACACAAAAGGGCCCCCAACUAUUUUCUUUCAUGGCCAAUUAUUAUGUUACACUCUAAUGUCUUGCUGGCAACACUUGGUGGCAGAGGGCCAUCUUGCUCCAUUGCCCGUGGUGUUCAAAAGCUCAUGGUUUGAAAGUCAUUUCAUAUUUUGUCCUAUAAGUAUGGAUUUUACAUGCACUACAUCAUAUGCUGUGUUUGCAACUCAAUGAAAGUGGAAAGAUGAACUACAUGUGUUUUGCCCUCUCCUUUCAGCACAUUUGUUUAAUUAUUGUAGUCUUCCAAAUUAAUUCUGCAACACUGAGCUUUCGGUCUUUUGUAGAGACGAUGUAGAAAAAGUCUCACUGGAAAUGACAACAGUGGAUAUGUGGUGCUUGUGUCCCCUUUCCACCUCUUUAUACUGUUGAAUUAUGUGUUUUCAGCAUAAUUUAUGUGGGCUGCUGUUUUUGUAGGUAAGCAGAAUUGUCAGGAUUAGAUCUGCCUUCGUUAGCUAAUCUACUGGUCAUGGUAUGACAACAUUAACAUUCAACCCAUGACCAAAAUGUGUGAAACCAUGUGAAUCUGCCUUCAUACUGUCACACUAUUAUUCUGUACAGUAUAUGAAUCAUUCACAAUUUUAUUAGUGCCAAGACUGAAUCACAGUGUUAGACUGUAGGUAAAGAUAAACAUUACAAUCAGUAAUUCAGUACCAGUUUGUAAUGACUCAAGUUCAAAGUUCGAAGUCAUGUUUAACUCCAUGACCAUGUGUUUCUUUAUGUAGAAUAUUUCACAUUGGUUGUUUAUGUAUAUACUUUUGAGAUAGUUGAUCUGUUUUAAUAACUUUUUAAUGUAAUGUUUUUAUGGGACUGUGCACUUAAAUCUGCUUAUUUAUAUGUAAAAAUGUUAAUAGAUUGGAUUUGUAAAAGGUAAUAAUGAUUCCCUAUCUAUUUUUUUUAAAGAAAGUGAUGACAUUUGUUUGAAUAAACAAAUUUAAACUAAAA